UGUCCUGUUCGAUUCUUCUCCGAUAUCUCUCUCUCUCUUUCCUCUUUCUACUCUCUAUCUCUCUCUCUCUCUCUCUCUCUAUAUAUAUAUAUAUGUAUGUAUACACACGUAUAUUUUCGGUGUUUGUAUGUGUAACUCUUUGCCGUUGGUUACGGCGGUGGUGUGGUGGAGCCGUGAAAUAUUUUGAAAAGUUUUUGGCUUUCGAGGUUGGUUGGGGUUGAAGCGACGUCGUUUAUCGGGGACUUAUUAAAGGCGGUGGAUUCAUUCUGUGCUUAAUAUGAUUCGAAUACCUUUAUUGCCUUCUUUCUCUUAACUUUCUCUUCUUAUGCUUUCCUUUUAUCCGACGAUGCUUCGACUGUUUUUCUUGUUUCCUUGAAAGUGUCAAAGCGCCGCCAUUCUUUUUCUUCUCCUGUUGCUUAUCAACCUCCUUUCUCAUUGUAAAUCCUCGGGCCGGGGCGGCUUUAUUCAUGAAAUUAUGAAGCCAUUAAACACUGUUACUGCACUCUCAGAUCCUAAAACUAGAUCGUGCCUCUGCAGUCUCCUUGUCACAGCCGCGCUAAUUUGUGGCGUAUAUUUCACAGGAAAUGUAUUCUUUGGAAGAGAUUAUAAGAUUCCUGUCCAAUUUGGAAUGAGUUACUCGAUGCAGAGAGCAAAACCGUGUAGAUGUGAGGUAUCAUCUGCAAUGGACAUUAAAGCGAGUGUUGAAGAAAAGAAUCCCCAGACUGGUAAAUGCGUGGGCAAAUGCAGGCCUAUUGGUAGCGAGGCACUACCAGAGGGAAUUGUUUCUAAAACUUCGAAUUUGGAGAUGCACCCUUUAUGGGGUCCUGUCAGAGAAAACGAAAAAUCCAAGAAUCCAGUGAAUUUGUUGGCUGUUCCAGUUGGGAUAAAACAAAAAGAAUUAGUGAACCAAAUUGUUAAGAUGUUCCUUGAGAACGAUUUUGUUGUUAUGCUAUUUCACUACGAUGGUGUUGUGGAUGAAUGGAAUAAUCUCGAGUGGAAUAGGCGUGUCAUACAUGUAUCUGCCAUAAAUCAAACAAAAUGGUGGUUUGCCAAGCGGUUUCUACACCCAGAUAUCGUUGCUGAAUACGACUAUAUCUUCCUAUGGGACGAGGACCUUGGAAUCGAAAAUUUUCACCCAAAAAGGUAUAUAUCAAUUGUUAAAGAAGAGGGUCUCGAAAUAUCUCAGCCUGGACUCGAUCCUAGAAAAUCAGAGAUACAUCACCGCAUCACAAUGCGCAGAAGGAAUUCUAAAGUGCACAGGAGGUUCUAUACAGUAAACGCGAAAGGAUGCAACAACAAUAGUACUGCUCCCCCGUGUGUAGGAUGGGUAGAAAUGAUGGCACCUGUGUUUUCGAGAGCAGCCUGGCGUUGUGCUUGGUACAUGAUCCAGAACGAUUUGAUCCAUGCGUGGGGUUUAGAUAAGAAGCUUGGAUACUGUGCACAGGGAGAUAGGACGAAAAAAGUUGGAAUUGUUGAUGCAGAAUAUGUAUACCAUCUCGGUCUUCCUACGCUUGGUGGCGAUCCAAAGAGACAAAAGCUGAGUUCGAGCGACCAUUCCCCGCCUAAAAACAACCUCGCUGAUUCAGAAACAUUGGGAACUCCUCCAUCAGUCCAUAAGCCGGAUAAUAGACCCGAGGUGAGGAAACGAUCGUACGAUGAAAUGAGGGCGUUUGAGAACCGGUGGGAGAGAGGUGCUGAGCAAGAUAAGUGUUGGGUUGAUCCGUUUCAAUAACAAGAACUGCAGAAUGGUCUGAUAAUCCCACUAUUGUACUCACAGCCAAAGAACACAAAACAUCAUUGUACAGACUACAGAAGCUCCCAUGAUGCAGUGUCACAGUUUCAGAAUGGCAUUGGAAAGCUGCUGCAGAUAUAUAAGAAUUUUUUGCUGUUUUUUAAAAUUUUCAAAUGCCUUUUUUGGGCACACUUUUUUUUUCUCUCCCUAUAAUUCUUUAAUAAGUGUGUAAUUCACUAAUUUGUAAAUGUUCCAUAUUUCAUCACAGAAUAAUAAUUGGUGUGCAUAAAUGCAUAGUCUCUA